AUGUCUCAAAAGGGCCAGAAACAGCCUCCCAAAACAACGCCGUCUAGCACGGUACGACCCCAGACGACCAAUGGCAAUGCCAAGACGCCUCCCACCGCGGCGAACUCGAGACCAGGUUCGUUUUCCGCGGCGGAUUUGAACCGCAUCGUGCUGGAAUAUUUGAACAAGAAGGGCUACCACAGAACAGAACAGAUGCUCAGGGUCGAAAGCUCUCGUACCUUGACGCCCCAGAACAAAUCAUCGCCAGGGGACACCGCCAGCGGCUCGUUCCCUGAACCAGGACAGGAACCAACGUCACAAGGUGCCAGACCUGUAUCCAAUCCUACCAAUAUCAAAAGAGACUCCGAUGGAAAUCUCGUUUCCCAGCAAGCCAACAGCUCACCGCGGCAUUACUUUUUAGCGUACUCGAUGCUGAAAAAUUGGACCGAGUCUUCGCUAGACAUGUACAAACCAGAACUCACGCGAAUAAUCUAUCCAAUUUUCAUUUACGUCUUCCUCACGCUGGUGGUGAAGGACGCCAUUCAGGCUCGUCGCUUUUUCGAUAGAUUCUCGGUAGACUUUAGAGCAUUCCACGCAUCGGAGGUCAACAAGCUUUUCUCUGUCAAUUCCGCAGACCAUAUCAAAGAAAACGAGUUGGCACAGGGAUUUCAGUCGAACAAGUACCGAGUCACAAUAUCCCGCACAACACUCAACCUGCUUCUAUAUUUCUUGAACGAGAAUGAAAGUGUUGGUGGAUCAUUACUCAUUAGUAUUAUCAACCAGAAUCUAGAUCCAAAUAUCGUGGAAACUAUCACGUCGCAAGAAACUUUGACAGACGGCAUAAAGGAUGUUUCUGCAGGUGCGGUUGAUGUGGACACUCACAACUCUGUCCCGGUUAAAUUGGGCAAAUUUCCUGUUGACGAGGAAUUCGUAAGAGAAGUGGAAACAGAACUCCAAAGAAAGGAUGAGAAUGCGGCAUCGGGCGAAGGCCAAGAUAAUUCCAAAGGUCUCAUCGAGGAAUACAGAGACAUGAAUAGUCUUCCAAAAGAUGACAAAAGCACUAAGGAUGAUGAGAAAAAUGAGGGUGGAGCCGCCCUUGCAGACACCGACAAAAAAGAUGAUCGCAAGCAAGAUCCAAACAUGGAAUCGCCUCCAAAAGAUGUUCUUCCACUUCCUUCAAAAACUGCGCUGGAUCUAAAACUCGAAAUUCAAAAAGUAAGGGAAUCGCGAGAUGCUAUACGGCUGGAUAAUCUACAAACAUCUGCGCCCAGUGUCUGUAUGUACACCUUUCACAAUACAAACUCGGAAAUGACAUCGAUAGAAUUCAGCGACGAUGUAAGAUUGGCGGCUGCCGGUUUCCAAGACAGCAUAAUCAAAAUCUGGUCUUUAGAUGGCAACCCUCUACAAAGCAAGCUACCAUCCAAGCAAAAUGACCGUUCCAACAAUGCCACUCUUGUGGGCCAUAGCGGGACUGUCUAUUCUACGUCCUUCAGUCCUGAUAAUGGAUAUCUUCUGUCAGCGUCAGAAGAUAAAACAGCUAGACUGUGGUCGAUGGAUACCUUCACAUCUUUGGUCAGCUACAAGGGACACGAUCACCCUAUAUGGGAUGUAUCUUUUUCACCACUUGGACAUUAUUUCGCAACUGCCUCGCAUGAUCAGACUGCAAGACUGUGGUCAUGCGACCACAUAUACCCACUAAGAAUCUUUGCGGGUCACUUAAAUGAUGUCGAUACGGUGUCUUUCCAUCCCAACGGAACUUAUGUCUUCACUGGGUCUAGUGAUAAAACUUGCCGUAUGUGGGACAUCGGGACGGGUGACUCUGUGCGGCUUUUCCUCGGCCAUACCGCACCUGUAAUAUCGACAGCGGUUUCGCCUGACGGUAGAUGGCUUUCGACUGGUAGCGAGGACGGCAUCAUCAAUGUUUGGGAUAUUGGCACUGGUAAGAGAUUGAAACAAAUGAGAGGCCAUGGGAAAAAUGCAGUUUACUCACUAUCAUAUAACAAAGAAGGUAACGUUCUCCUGUCAGGUGGUGCUGACCAUUCUGUUAGGGUGUGGGACGUUAAAAAAACAACAACGGAACCCGGUGCAGAGCCCGAACAACCGUUUACAAGUUAUUCUGGUGACGUGACCACAUCGGUGAAUCUAGAUGUCAAGGAAUAUGGUCGUAGAAGAACCGUUGUUCCAACAAGUGAUUUGGUAGCCUCGUUCUACGCAAAGAAAACACCAAUUUACAAGGUGAAAUUCACGAGAAGCAACCUGGUGCUUGCUGGAGGCCCAUUCCGGGAAUGA